UUUCUAGAUUUAGGUUUAAGAAAUUUAUUUAAAAAAAUAAUAAAGAAAAAAAAAAGAAAAGUUUUGUGCCUUCCAUCACAGCAGCUGUCAUUGGUAUGUAUGUAAGUUUCACUAUCCAUGCCAACUUGUCACUAACGAUGAGGCUUCUUAAUGAUCCCCCAUCUUCUCUUCUCCUUUCCAGAAACCAGUUCAUCACAAAGACCUUCCCCAACCACUUCUCCAUUGCGACGGGGGUUUACGAGGAGACCCAUGGUGUCGUGGCAAAUGUCAUGUAUGACCCAGACUUAGACAAGACGCUCCAUGUUGAUGACGAGGAGUUCUUCACUCAGAAUCCUGGCAUCGUUCCUGUUUGGACCCUUAACGAAGAGCAUGGUGGCCACACGGCCUGCCUGAUGUGGCCUGGCUGUGAUAAGACCUUUCAUGGAAGGAAUGUCACCUACUGGAAACCCUUCCAUGAGGAUGCAACCUUCAGGCAGAGUAUUGACAAGGCUGUGGAAUGGAUGACAGAUGUGACAAAGCCAGCCAAUCUUGUGUUCCUCUACGUGCAGGAGCCUGAUACUGUUGGCCAUGCCUAUGGGCCAAACUCUUCAUAUGUCGUGGAAGAAUUGAAAAAGAUUGACGAUAACAUCGGUUACCUCUACAAGAUGCUGACCAUCUUCAACUUGCUGGACACGACCGACGUCAUAGUGCUGAGCGACCAUGGCAUGGUGGCUGUACCUGAGGAGAACAUCAUAGACCUGGACCAAAUUGUUGACCCAAAGCUGUAUCAUACCAGUGGAGGGUCACCAGUCAUGCACAUUUGGCCCUAUGGAGACCUGCUCGACCUCUACAUCAAGUUUGACAACGGAGCCAAGAAUCACAAGUACAGCGUGUACCAGAAGAAGAACUUUCCCUGUGGAGUGGCACUACACCAACAACUCUCGUAUCAGUCGCCUCGUGCUGGUCGCCGAUGUGGGAUACGUCUUUCAGGACUGGAAGAACCAAAUCGAGAACUAUAAGAAGAAGGGUCUCCCGGGAUUGACAAACACAUUUGGAGACCACGGCUACCCUACAAAUGCCUCCGAGAUGGAACCCAUAUUUGUCGCUGCCGGUCCGUCGUUCAAGAGGGGCUUCAAGGCACCGUCCUUCAGCAAUGUUGACGUCUACCCUCUGCUGUG